UUCCGUUUGGGCGGUUUGGGGCAUCCACCUCAGGCGCUGCGGCACUCCCACUCGUUAGGCGAGUGCUUGGGGGGCACAACCCUAGGACAAUGUGCGCAGCGCAGCGCAGCGAGAACCCCAGGACGUGUCCUCACAGGGGGGUACCCUUGUCGGCUCCUGUGAGGACCUGGUUUUCGCGGCACAUCUGCGAAGCCUUGGUGGUCCUCGGUUUCCAACUCCACUUUAGCAUCGUAGCGUCGUGCGCACCUGCGAGCAGCAACUUGCAAGGCUGCACCACACCUCAAUCGGAACCCGCAGAGCUGCAGCCAUGGGAGCUCCCCCCGUUCCUGCUUCCCAGGCGGGCGGCCCACACACCCUCCCACUGCGCCUUUGCAUACUUGGUACCGGACCGUGACACCAAAACAGUCGCAAAGUCGAGGACGUACCGUACCGUACCUGUCCCAAGGCCCCCCCCUCGACCUUGUCGUCCCUGCGCCUUCUUUUGGGACUGCAUCCUCUGCAUUAGCCUGCAUGCCGCAGAUGAUGCCCCAGUCAUCAGUCACUCCGGUUUACCUGGAACCCUACUCCAUCUGCAGUGAGCGUCCGGCGUCACUGCUGCCUUCACGCCGCAAGGGCUCCCAGCCAGUCCAAGGUACUCGGGAGUCGGAUGACACC